GGAGGCCAAAUCACUGGAUGGAUUUAGGAGAGAGUUAGAUAGAGCUCUAGGGGCUAGUGGGAUCAAGGGGCACGGGUUAUUGAUUGGGGACGAUCGCAAUGAAUGGCGGUGCUGGCUCGAAAGGCCGAAUGGCCUCCUCGGCACCUAUUUUCUAUUUUUCUAUGUAACUGCACAGCCCCGGUACCAAAUGGCAGGAGCUCGCUCUCCGAAGGAAGAUUAUUUGCCGGGCAGCCUCGUCGUACAUUCCCACAAACAGUCCCCCAGUAACAUUGAACAUGGGGAUUUAAAUAUAAAAGAUUCGCAGACCUUUUCUUGAAAGAUAUAUUGGAAUACUCAAGCGCCCGGCGACCGAGUGGAUACUGACUGGGGUAGUUGGGGAGGAGAUCGUGUACCGCGGGCGAGGAGCUCGAGCCGUCGCGAGGAGCCGCGACCGUUGGGCGCGUGCGCGCGCGCGGGGUUCCAGUGUUCCAGUCCAGGCGCCGGCCGUGCGGGCGUGCGGCCGGCAGGGGGAGGGGAGACCCUCGCCGUUUCUCCGCCAAAUCUGCACCAAACCGCGGAUGGAGGGUGGCGCUAAAUGUUUUGCAGAUAUAAAGGAUCCUUGCAGUAUCAUCCAGGAAGAGUAUUAUGUGAAGAAUCUGAUGGUGCACAGAUGACUGGAGUGAAUGAUCCACCCUGUUAUUUUUCCUUGAUCUAAAUUGUAUGUUUUUAUCCCUGAAUGAACUUGGACCUCUGGACAAAACCAUUGACUUCAGAAUUGUUAGCUUCAGCAAGCAGAAACUGGCACGCCAGCGUCUCGGCUUUCUAAGUUUAAGAAAAUUCGGCAUGUCAUUGAAAACCUGUUAAUAAAUUUCAACAUAUGCACUGUGCAAAGCACCUUGACUGGUUGCGUUAUGGCCUGCCACAGCAAAUCCAAUGCAAAAGAAGGCAGGAGGAUGCAGAGAGUGGUGGACUCAACCCAUCCAUCAUGGGAACAGCUUUCUCUCCACCAUCGAAAAUCUUCAGGUGUUGUUGAAGAUAUCGCUCCUGCUGUUUUGUGGGGUUUUUGUUCCCGUGUGCUGUGUUGAUUGUGAUCCUGACCUUUGUAAAAAUGAGGGCACCUGUGUGGUUGUUGAUGGGAUUAAUCAAUGCAACUGUCUUCAUGGGCUCAGAGGCGAGACUUGUGAAGAUAUAAAAAUGGAAGUCAAGUGUGAGCAAACCUACAUAAAAGUACUAAUCAUCAAAGAUUACUUUGAUUGGAAAAAUGUCAGCAUGGACUCUGUACAAUUGGCUGAGGAUGCCUGCAAAGCUGCAAUAGAAGUUGUAAAUGGAGAAGAAUAUUAUAGCAUCAGUAUACAUCAUAACAAUUAUUCAUCUUGUGGUACGGUUGUGCUGAGUAAUGCAACACACAUCAUGUACAUGAACGGAUUGGAGACUCGACAUACAGCAGGCAUUAUCACCAGGCUUCCUUCUGAAACAAUUGACUUCACUUGUGUGUACCACCGUGAAAGGACAGUGCAACUUGCAUUUCCAAUCCAGCCAAGGACCGCAGUUGCAGUGCUGCAUGUGCAAGAGGGACUAGUCACAGUAUCAAUGGCACUCUAUCAAAGUCCCAAGUAUGAGACUGCUUAUGUGGAAUUGCCAGUCAUACCUUGGUUGGAAAGAUUGUACAUCAGUUUGAAGAUUGAACCUGGAGAGCAAAACUUCUUUGUUUUGACUAUAAAUGAUUGUUGGGCUACACCAACCAAACAUCCAAGUGACUCGCCUCAGUAUUACUUAAUAAAGAAGGGAUGUCCUGCUGAUGAAACUGUGCAGUAUCACAAUCAAAUCGGGAAUGAGACAACAGCCAACUUCAGUGUGCAAAUGUUUCGUUUCACCAAGUAUCCAGUCGUGUUCCUGCAUUGCAGGACUGAAAUUUGUGUUCCUGACAGUCUGGAGCCUUGUACGAGUGAUUGCCUGAGCCAAUCAUCACUAAAAACCAAAAGGGAAACCCACACCGACUACAAAGGGUUAUUGACUUAUGGACCUAUUCAAUGGACCCAUCUUAAGUCGCAUAUGCCUGAAGUUCAUAAACCUAAUCUUGUGCUUGCUACCAUUCCUGGUAUAGUUGUGAUAUCUUCAAUGGUGUUCCUUGUCCUUGCAAUUACUUUGGCUAAAGUAAUGAGAAAGUAAAUUGACUACCUUUAAUUGUUUACCGUUAAUAAAAAAUAAAAAAAAUAAAAAAAAA